AUUUUGUUUAGUUUGUUAGACCUAAUUUAGUCACUAUUUCUAGGUAGUGCGCCAUUUUCAGUUUUGUUGUCACCUUCAGUAUUGUAAACUGCGAAUCUGGUUUAUGUAAUUGCAGUAAAUCAUAGCGACGACAGACUGCUAUUACGAUUGGCCUAUGAAUAAUUGAAUUAUCGCAUAAAAGGUGAUAAGACGUUAUCAUGAGUCAGAAAUGUACGUCAGUUGUUAAGAACAGUUUUAUAUAAAUCUCUGCAACUAGUUCAUCUGACAACGAAAUCUUGAAAUACUACAUACAAGAAGAACACGAAGAAGACAAAAACACCAGUCGUGUUAGUGGAACACUACAGUCUCGCCUACAUAGAUAUAUUUAUAUGAAAGAACCCUUUAUGAUUGAUUGUGUUAACAAUAAUGAAUAAUGAAAUGGAAGAGACGACAUUGAACUGCCUAUUUGAAAAGAGUUCACUACUACCGUCGAAUUUAACUGAUUAUCCUAAUCAAAUUGGUGGGCAUGGACUUUUAUUUGGCAACAAGUGUAAAAUAUUAUAUUCACAUGACGAAUCCACCAUAUAUAAACCAAUACAACAUUAUCCUAAAGGACCGCAUGAAUUAGACUUUUAUCAGCGUUUAUUCGACCCGAACUGCUGUGAUCCCGUUUUACUUGAAUUACGUCAAUUUGUACCCGACUUCUAUGGUCUAUAUCGAGAUUCCCAAGGAAAACAUUUAUAUUUAGGUUUAAAAGAUGUUUUGGCUAACUUUAAACAUCCAUCAUUGUGUGAUUUGAAAAUGGGUCGACGUACUUAUGCACCAGACUCAUCACCAUCGAAAAUAAUGAUUGAAUGUGCAAAAUAUAAAUGGCGUGAAGAAAUUGGAUUUUUAGUCACAGGUUUAAGAGUUUUCAAUCCAAGUAUUAAAGAACACACAACAUUUGAUAUAUUCUAUGGACGAUCUCUGGAUCCAACGACAAUAUACAGUAAUGGAAUUCGUCUCUUCCUUGGCACUGAUGUCAAACGUGCACAACGUUUAGCUCGACAAUAUGUUCUCAAGCUUAGUCAACUAGCGAAAUGGUUUGAAAGUCAAACACGUUAUCAUUUCUAUGCAAGUUCACUAUUACUAGCCUACGAUGAUGAUGUUGCUGCUGCUUCUGCUGCUGAUGACGAUAAUGUCAGAAAGUCCAACUCAUCCCCGUCAAAUCAUUAUUCACCUCCUUAUUGUAAUGGAUUAAGCAACAGUCAUCCAAUUCCUGAUGAUGAUGAUGACCUCCAUUCUACAUUGAAUCAAUCACAGUCCUCCCCACCCCCUUUAUCCUCCACAUCUCCAACAUCAUCAUUCAUGACAAAAGAAACUCAACCAGAUGAAGGCGUUUUAGUCUAUUUAAUUGAUUUUACACGUUGGGAAAUGAUUGAAGACUGUUGUAAUGAUAUGAAAAAAGAUGAAAAUUUCUUAUAUGGUUUAUACUAUUUAAUCGAUUUGUUUAAGCGUGCAUCGAAUGACAACUCUUCAUCUCCACCUAAUAAUCUGUCGACAAUAUUGACAAAAAAUACUGUCCAAUCCUAGCAGGUUUUGUUGUUUUAAAAAAAAAAAAAGAAUUAUAAAUUAUAUAUUUUAUCACUUCAUAUAUAGAUAAUAUUUAUAUUUAUAUGUAGUAUGCGCGUAUUUUUCAAAUUUUCAAACUUGAGUACAUCUGACCUCCUUUUCUACUGCUUUCCUGCUCCUAGCCGCCGCCCCCCGGCAACCCCAUUUUAUAUGAUCCGCUUUCCUUAAAGGGAUCGUUAAUUUGAUGCUUUUAUUAUACUGUCCCAGUCAGUCAGUCAAUCAGCGCUACAGCGUCUACAACAACGAUAGUGGAAUACCCAACAACCAAUCCCCCUUUACACCAACCACUGGGGUUUAACUCUACACCUAUCGGCUGGGAAUCCAACCACCUCACCUGCACUAUGUAUGUUUGGCGACUUGUGUAUAUCAUCAGAGAUGAAAAUUUCUAGAAGAAAAAAAAGAAACUUAGUCUUUCAUCAUUAUUUAUCAUAUAUUUUUUCUACAGUACCUUGUAUCGUUUGUGAUUUGUUGUGUGCUGUUUCAAUCCUUGAUAUUGUAUUGGUCUUAGUUUCUUCUUAUAUGUGUAUUUAAAAUAAUUCUAACAAAUAAAUUGUUGUACAAGAGAA